AUCAACACCGCGAUGUCCAAUAUUUCGAGCCAUUAGCUGUCGCUCGUGAGUAUCAUGGUGCUCAGACCAGUCUUCUGAGGCAGCUGAUGCGGCAUCUCGACACGCGUUCAUCAACAGCUCACUUUGGCGCUUCAGCAUUGGAUGUUCCCUUCUAUCCAACAGCGACAGAGGAGCUGUGCACGAAUGUUUAUACAGCAUGAUGCACGGGCUGAGGGAGGACUCACUUUGAAUCUGAUCAUCGUUGCAAACAGCUCCUGCAACCUACAUUGAUACUGAGCAGGACAAUUCUACACUAUACACAACGUUCGCCAACACUAUGCCACUCGAACUAUGCACUGCGAGCACAGAAAAUCGUGCUAGGAGCCCUGUAUCGGACCCUCAUUCACACGAUGAAGUGAUUGACGUUCGCAUUCACCACCUUCCCGACAGUGACUUUAAGCAUGACUACCGGCGAGUGUGCGAAGCUUAUAUCUUCCACUUCCACUUCUCACACUGUGCUGAACUUCAGAAACCCGAAGACCAAACACACGACACUUGGACAACAUUCACAACAUCUGCACGACAGACUCACCUGCAAUUCGAACCCAAAAUCUACCCCUACAAUGGACCUCCCUACCAAGCAGCAGUACCUCUCGGACCUUACGCCUCUAGCCAAGAGUUCAUUCUGCUCGAUCUGUAAAGAGGAGCCGAUGCAAGAGCCGACACAAUUGGCGGAAUGUCGGCACACUUUCUGCCACGAUUGCAUUGUGGCUUGGGUGCAGACCGCUAAUACUUGCCCGACAUGUCGCAAAGAGCUAUAUGAGCCAGAGCCGGACGAAGCAGAUACUGAGGAUUUCACCGAUGAGAUUUUCGAUGAGCUUGCGGCAAUGGCAGGCAUUGCGCUUGACGGGGACGAAGCUGAAGCUGACUCGAACGAUGCUGGGGAAGCCCACUUUCCUAUCAUCAUCCUCGAAGGCUCUACCCUCUACAAUUAGCUCAUCGGCGAAGUCCAAUGGAACCGCGAAGCCAACGAGCUACAGGAACGCGCUGGAACUCGAGCCUUACCCUACCCGGUACCAGAAAUACCGGGCUGUUUCGAGCAGUUGUUGGAGCAUCAAGCACGUUAUACGUUCUCAUGGAAGGGUUCAUUUCUCGCAUAUAGUUUCGAUUACAUGACCACGACCCAAGACGUAGCUGACGAGUUACCUUUGGAUGCCGCGAUACACCCCUUGAACAU